AUGGAUUUUAGGAGGGGGCAGGAGAAAGUCCCCUGCCCCGAGAGCUACCGGGCAGUGGGGGAGCCUCGAGCCUUUGGCUCCAGCGCAAACGGGCAGUGGAGGGGCAUGGUUCCCUCUCUGGGCUCCGUGCCGCAGAAGCCGAGGGUGAGCCGAGGCUCUUACCUUGAAGCUCGCAAAAACCCCAGUGGGACGUCCAACAGUUUUGUAGGAAAAUCAAACCACCAUUGCCAUGCGUCGGCUUUUCCGAUCAAACCCGCUCAGAGUCCUUCCUGGAGCGGGCCGUGUCGCCGCAGCCUGCUUAGCCCCAAGAAAACUCCCCGGCGGUUCAUCAGCACGGCGGAAGAGACUGUUCGAGAGGAAGAGCGAGAGAUCUACAGGCAGUUGCUUCAGAUGGUCACAGGAAAACAAUUUUCCACAUCCAAGCCCUCUUCGCUAUUCCCCUUCCACCUGUCCAGGUGUUCCAAUUCCAGCAAAACCAUAGUGAAAGAAACUCCCAGCAAGAACUCAAAGCUGUUUGAAGCUCACAGCGUCGCACCAGCCAGUUCAGCAGCCGGCGUCCUCAGAGCGCAGGAGCAGCCGUCACACAAACCGUCGCUCUACUCUCCCCCCAGCUAUCCCUCCAGCCUCUUUCAGUCCAGUAACUCCACAGCCCAGCAUCAGCAAGAAAAUCUACCAGCAUCUAACACACAGUCUGAAGGAUCGGACUCUGUCAUUUUGCUCAAGGUAAAGGAUUCCAGAACGCCAGCACCAAGCCUCCCGUUCUUCCAGGCAGAACUCUGGAUCAAAGAACUGACCAGCGUCUAUGAUUCACGAGCUCGGGAGAGGUGGCGGCAAAUUGAAGAGCAGAAAGCAUUGGCCUUACAGCUGCAAAGCCAGCGGUUGCAGGAACAGGAACACUCGGUGCAGGAUCUGGUGGAUUUAAAUCUUCGAGUACCUCUCGAGAAGGAGAUCCCUGUCACAGUGGUGCCGGAAGAGAAGGAGGAUGCUAAGUCAGCUGAUGGCGAAGAGGAGUUCCCUGAAAUCACCGAGGAAAUGGAAAAGGAAAUAAAGAACGUAUUCCGAGGCGGGAACCAGGAUGAGGUCCUGAGUGAAGCUUUUCGGUUAACGAUCACUCGGAAAGACAUUCAGACCCUCAAUAAUCUGAACUGGCUCAACGAUGAGAUAAUUAAUUUCUACAUGAAUUUGCUGAUGGAGCGGAGCAAAGAGAAGGGUUUGCCGGCGGUUCAUGCGUUCAAUACUUUCUUCUUUACCAAAUUAAAAACGGCGGGGUACCAAGCCGUGAAACGGUGGACUAAAAAAGUGGAUAUCUUCUCUGUGGAUCUCCUCUUGGUGCCUAUUCAUCUGGGAGUGCACUGGUGCCUCGCAGUGGUAGACUUCAGGAAAAAAACCAUCACCUAUUAUGACUCCAUGGGUGGAAUAAACAGCGAAGCCUGCAGGAUACUGUUGCAAUACUUAAAACAGGAAAGUCUUGACAAGAAAAGGAAAGAGUUCGACGCUAAUGGCUGGUCGUUGCUGAGUAAGAAGAGUCAGGAGAUCCCGCAGCAGAUGAACGGCAGCGACUGCGGGAUGUUCGCCUGCAAAUACGCCGACUGCAUUACCAAAGACAAACCCAUCAACUUCACGCAGCAACACAUGCCCUAUUUCCGCAAGCGAAUGGCCUGGGAAAUCCUUCAUCGCAAGCUCUUAUGA